UCACCUGACUUCUGUGGUACUGAAUUUGUAUGGAAAUCAGAGGUUUGCCAUCAUUCAGGAGAUGCAGUUGACCACUGUGUUGCAUUAGAAAUACAUGAUGAUAGCAAAUCAAAAGUCAAUCUUCCACAACACAAAAAAUGAAAAGUUUCCAGAUGUUCUUGAAGCUUACAACAAAGAUGUUCUUGUCAUUGAUGUGAUCCAGGAUGACCCUGAUCUUUUUGGAACCAGUGGCGAAGAGGAGCUUACAGUCACAGACAGUGAAAAUUGUCCUGCAAAGGCAUGCUGUUCUAGCAUCUUCAUUAAAGAGGAAAAGCAAUAUCCCGAGUGUGCUGUUACUUCAGAAAACAGUCAUUCAGUAAAUGGUAAUUUUAGAGACAUUAAUAUACAAGAAUCUGGAAAGUUGAAUGAUGCUGAAAAUUCGUGGGAUUUGAUGCUAAAAGCUUCAGAUAUUAAAACCCACAAUUCCUCCAGUGGAAACAGUCCUAUGCAAAGUUUUACUGAGGACUCUUUCGAAGAUGGACAGCUAACAGAACUGGAUGAACUUCUAAAGAGUUUUGAACUAGAUGAAAAGUUCAAGUUUGCAGAUAGAGUGGCUGCUGUGGAACCAAGAGAAAAAAACGAAGCUGAAAAAAGCAGUGACUGUAAAUACAGAGAUCUUGUGAGCUGUGAACUGCUCUCAGAAUUGCCAUUGCAUGCCCCAAAUGCAAACAACUGCAGUGAAAGUAUGGUGCAGAAACCCUGGAAGAAUGAUGAUAGAUUCUCAGGAAAAAAAUUUUCACUGCCCCUGCAAACUUAUGGAGAUUCUGAGACAGGGAAGACAGACAGAAGUAUAAAAGCUUCCCAUUCAGUCCAGCAGAUCCUGGAGAUGAUUAACCUGCCCCGUAGAUACUGCAGAUUUUAUUUCGUGACUUUGCGUGGCUGUGAAAGGUCAAAAUGUUGGUUUUGGCAUGUUCCUAAACCAGGGCAUGAAAAGAUUUGCAUGGCAAUACUUAAGACAUACAUUAGUAUCAAUGAAUCAGGCCUUCUGAAGCGUGCAGUGCAGAUAUUUGUCAGGUAUUACAGAGAAGUUGCCCGUGGUGAGAAUUUUGAUUUUCAAGUGCUGAAUGAUCUUCUCAUUUGUUUGCUCAAGAAAUGUUUGUUGCAAGAAUUAUUCCAGAUGUUGAAUGUAACUGCACAGAUUAAUACACUACCAGCUUUAGAAGUUCUUCUGAGAGUUUUUGAAUGUGUGGCUUCUUUGAAUAUAAGAGAUGCUGUGCCUACACUGAUCAGUACCUUUUGUAAGCUCGUUAAUGCUGGUAUGUUUCUUGAGUAUGAACAUUUAAACUACAUAAUUAAACUCCUUCACCAAUUGCAAGUUCCGAGCCAGGAAAUAGAUAUUGUUUUGAACAUAAAAUCCAGAUUUCAGGAGAUGCAUUUUAAAAGCAACUGGCUUUUUGACUUUAAUUUGGUAAUGGCAGAAAUUCAGCAUUGCAAGGAAAAGAAUGAUUGGGCCAAGUUGGGAGCUUUGUACGUUAAUGCAAGAACUGCAUGUGAAAAUUCUGAUGAUCUUCAGAAAUUGUCUUUACGUAUUACUGAAAUACUAACAAAAGAUUCUGAGAAAGACAGACCAGGAGUUCCUUUUUGUGAUUUUGCUGAUGCAGUAAUAAAAAAUUCCCAGUGUAAUGAAGCAGACAGAAUUUUCAUUGGAAGGGCUGGGAUAAGUGUAAUGAAUUCUUAUCGCAGAGUACUGCAGUGGAUAAAGGGAAGGAAGGUUCUGGAUAAAUUGCAAGAACUACGGAUACAUUUUACAGUUCUGAAAGGAAUUACUGGGGCAGAGAGAUUAGCAUCAAGAUGUCAAAUUGUUAAUAAUGCUGCAGAAAUUUUUCUUGAAACGGAAAGUUUAGAUGGAGCAACGUGGGUGUUGAGAGAGUCAGAGUGGAUCACCAAUGCACCACUGUGGCCCUGCACUGAAAAUGACAUCAUGGAUCGACAUAACCUGUUAUUUUCACUAAUGCACAAAUACAUUAGGCAGAGUUUCUACAGGCAGGCGUUUGAAGUUCUGCAGAACUUGCCAGGUUUCCAAAUUGGUUGCAAUACUGUAGAUGUUUCUCAGUACAGCCACGUUUUUAACAAGCUGUUAAGUGCCUGUUAUGAGAGUAAGAACCUUGGGGUCUCAUCUUCUGCAGUAGACUUCAUGCUUUCAAAAAAUGUUGCCGUUGAUUUUUUCUUACUUAGAGGAUUAAUCACAGGCUUGGGAAGAAGUUGUUUGUGGAGUAAAGCUCGAACCUACUACAAAACUGCUUUAUCAUUGGGUUGCUACCCACCACUGCAGGGAAAUUUACGUCACAAAAUAUUGCCCAUUCCUUUUUACGUGUCUGAGGUUGAGAUGCUGUUGGCCAUUGAAUUAUUCCUCGUUUCAAAUGCCAGUGCUAUUCAAAGUCCAGGAGCUACUACUCAGAGUUUUCAAAUAAUACUGAAAAGAUGUGAAGACCAGGCAGUUAAGAACAGCAGUGACUAUCAAGCAGGAAGGGAGAGACUUAUCCUGGCUGCUCGUAUAUCUGAUCCAAAGCUUUUCAUUCGACAUAUGACAGUGAACGUUAAUAUGGAAGAAGUGUACAGUUUGGAGCUCACAUCUGCUCUAAAAUGGCUUAAGGAGAAUAUGAAGUGGGCAGGGAAGGUCUGGCUGUUUCAGUAGUCAUUAAUUACUAAAGUCUAUUGAGGGUUAGUGCUUAAAGCAAUCAUUGUUAAAAGUAAUAAAAAAUACCAAAGGCAGUUACCACUGUGUUCAGACUGUGCCUUACCAACUUAGAGCAAGGCUUCAAAACUCAGUUGUAUUUUUAAAUACUUGUGUUGAUGAUAAUGCAGAUGGUAGGACAGAGAGUAAUUUUUUUUUUUCCUAGCUGUCUGGAUUGUGGUACCAGUUUAUAUAGAUGUUUUUGAUGGCAUCACUAGAUGAUGAAAAAGCUGUAUCUUUAGAACCUACGCUCUCCUUUUUUAUGGAGAUUCUUAGACUUUGGUUGAAUGUUUCUACUUCUGUUAAGUAAAGGGUUUCCCACAUUGCUUCAUAGUUUGUAGAAACAAUAUGUUUUAUUUUAUUUUAUUUAUAUUAUAUUGUGAGGAUGAUGUCCUAUCCGUGUGCCCCAUAAACCUUCAAUGCCAAAAACCCAUUAAAAAGUAGUGAAAGUGAAAUAACUUGAAAAUAAUUUACCACAUUAGACAUGCCUGACUUAGAAUACCUUUCUUUUGCAGAAUGGUGAGUCUACAUGAGUUGCUUCCAGCUGAAGGUUUAGUUGUGUCUUGAUAAUAGCAUCUGUAUAGCUUCCCAUUUGUAUAGCUGUGCCCUUUCACUGAAAAAGAAAACUUACCUCUCCUUUGAUGGUGCUCUUAGAGGCAAGUGUUUUUUUUGCCUUUACCUCUGAUAACUGAUUUUACCAUUUUUUAGUUUCUGCCUAUGAAGGGAUGGAGGCUUCUAGCAACCUGGUUCUGGCAUUCCUGUUACUCCAGGAGCUCACUUUUUCCACCUGCAAUUCCUGAAUCAUAUCUAGGACGUGAAUUAUUUCAGUCAGACUUCAUUUACUAAUGCAACCUUAGUAAAAGGACUAACUGGCAAAUUGAUGGGACUUUUGUUAAAACUGAAGUUUGUCCAAGCUUUCCACUUUCGUAGUGUCCAGCAUCAACUUUCACAAACACGACAGUACAGUUUUUGGUCUCCAUCCCUGUUGGAGAUCUUUGUGCUGAGAAUUUCUGCUCGUUUUCAUAUGGAAGGUUACAGGUUUUUGAAGCCUGUUCUAUCCUAAGUGACAGUCAGUAUGGUGGCAUUAAGCCCACAGUGCUUUAGAAGUCUUCCCCCCUUUGAGGCAAAGUGAGUCUCUUCUCAGUUCUAGCAGCAUUAAUGCAAGGUGUCCUUUGUCUGAAUUGGGAAAGUCAUCGUGAUCUUUGUGCAGGAUGGUUGUUGAGGGUUUUGGAGUGGUGUUGAUGUAUUUUUGUUUGGAGGAGAGAGAUUGGCAGUAUAUUGUUCUUUUGCAGAGAUCUCACUUGCCUUCCUUCUUAAAACAAAAAGUUAGAUUCAGUGCUAACAAUCAGAUGACGUUUCUUUAAAGCCUCAUACCUCAAAACUUCUGUUGAGGAACAGUUGACACUUAAUUCAGAUUGUCUUUGAAUUCUGCCAUUUGGUGAUUUCAACAAACUAAACUAGCAGUGUAGUCAACAGUGAGAAACGAAGUCAUUUCUGCUAAUUACUGUUUUGUGAAAUCCUUUGUAGCUUAAUCUUGCUUGGAAUUAGACAGAAGCUAUCUGAACCUCAGCUAAAUCCCCCAUUUCUGUAAGCAGUGCCAGAUGUGGCUAAUACUAUGUUUGAGAGAUGCAGAAGGACAAAAUACUCUUAGUAAUCCUUACAGAUUCAAAGCUUGUGAUGUUUCAGAGACAGCACUAUUUUUCCAUUAUAAGUAACCCUGAAUUUUUGCUUACAUCAUCCCCAGGAAUAAAGAAAAAUUCCUCUAUAUUUUGGAGGUUAGUCAUUGACAUUGCAGCAUAGCUUGGAACUGUGGAAAGUUUAUGCAGUGUUUUCUUUCCAUCUUCUGAGUCUCAUCUUCAGCUGAUGUGAUGCAAUCUCAGUCAUGUCUUAUAUUAACAGGCAAGGCAAGCUCCCCUCAUCAUUGCUCAGAAGUUAAGAAGAUGUAACUGAUGCAUCAGAAUCCAGCUUUCUGUCAGUACAGUUUUUUUCUCUAUCACCAAGAUAAACAAGUAGGCAAUUUAAAGAGGUUUACUGUAAGUCUUAUACUUCACACGUAUUGCGUCCACUUGGAAUACCGGACAUAUCUGGUCUUUUUGAUGUGUAUCAGAACUUCAGAAAGGUUUAUUGAUCAACAUUCUCAGUAGCGUUUUGGCAGCAGAAACUCCAUUGCUAAAUAAGUUGUAAUGGGUGAGCAAAACUCCAGUGCUGAAUGGAAACGGGCGCGAAAGGAUGAGGAAAUGUUCCAAAGGAUGAAGUUAAUUACAACAAAAACGAUACCGUUUUGCCAAGUCAGCUACCAUAGACAGUACCCAUCUCUUUUCCCCAGGUAUAAGUUACUGUUUCUUAGUAGAUGAAAGAACCUCUGUGUUAGAAAUAAAGCAACUCCUUUAUUAGAUUUUUUUCCCCACGUAGGAGACAAAAUGUACACUUGUUUGCAGAUGGAGAGAGGAAAAUGUGGGGGAAAAAUCCUAUGCUGCACUUAGUAGUCACAUCUAGAAAAGCUGUGCUUCUGCACUACUUUUUUAGUGAAAACAUAUGAGAAAUGUCUUUCUUUCUCUGCGGAAAUCUUUCUUCAGUUUUCACUGAUUACAGCGUAUGCUUUUGGAACUAUUACUUUUGCAGGUAUGGACAGUUUCUUACGACUAAAACAGAAUAAUGUCGUUUGGAAGACUUGGAAUAAUUUUGUUUCAAAGCAUUGAUAGUUUUGAGGGUAUUUCAAAACCCACAUCUUUAAUGGAAGUGAGAAGUUGGAAAUAGAAACUUAUUGGUUUAUAUGAUGUUUCAUAUUGUAGAAGAAGAGGGGAGGGAGGGUCAUUUUGGAGGAAUUGUUAAGAUGUUAAUAAAUGUUUUAUUCUUUGUGUGAAAUAUCCCAAAUGUCUGUGAAUCAGUGUUGUCAUUGAGAUAUUCCAUUCAUAUCCCUAUAAUUAAUAUUCAUAGGUAUGCCAGAGAAUAAGCUAAUGGCAAAGUAGAAGUGAAGAGUUUAAUAACUACUACAAGGAUCUGGAGUAUGAUACGCUGUGUGAGGGGAUAAAGAAUGUGUGAAAUCAGUCAGACUAUGCAGUUCUUCGCCAUUCAAUAGCACAUAAUGUAGCAAAUACUCAUGAAUAAAUUGGGUUGAAGCUCUCAGCUGUGAGAAUGGCCAGCUUCCAGUUCUAACUGCAGACUGGAGCGGAGGAUAUAAAGGACAGACCUAUGUGCUGUGCUCAGCUCACUGAAGAAUUCUAAUAGUGUGUUAGUGAGACUUUUACAUGAGGAGAAACAUUAAAUUGAAAUUUCUCUGAUAUCGUGAUCAAUCUUUUAGUUACCAAAAUAUUAAUGCAGUACUCCUCAGCUUAGGAAAAUGUCUGUGUGUAGGCAGAGCUAUUGCUAAUUCACAUUUUUAUCCCUUCACAUUCUCUGGAUGUAUUUUGCAUCUUUGUCUGCUUUGUUGCGCAUCUCAAGUCUACCCGUUGUGCGUAACUCUUCUAAAAUGACCUGUAUCCAAACAUGAUUGUGGCACUGUUGAACUCAGAGCUUCUGCACCAUUGGGUGAAAUGGGACUGGAGGAGUCAAUACCACUUUCUGUCUUCCAGCUGAAGAUCAGGACGGAAAUUAGGGGGCAAUAAUUACUGUCUGUAGCUACUUUAUUGCAUUGGUUAAAAGUUUCCUUCUGGUAGGAGUAGAGAGCCAGUCAAAUACACUUUCCCAUGUUAAUGACAUCUUUUGAAAACCAUGCUUUCUAUGCAGAAAUGUAUAUAUCACUUGAAAGAAAUCAUUUGAAUGUAUUGAGUACUCAUUUGCUUUUACGGACCCACAGCCUUUCUGAUGACAUGCAUACACGCCUGGACUCCAUUCAUGCAGAGAUGUGUCAUGAAGAACAGGCAAGCCAAACCUACAACCAGAUAAAGCCAUAGUGCUAGUCCCACUGAAUCAGGUGGUAGUGUUCGUAAUAAAUGGUGAGACUUUGGGGUAAAAGUAGGAAUUCAUUCCUGUACUCAGAAAGAUGGGAGAAGGUUGUUGUCCUGGACCUGCACAAUGGAGCAGGUAUCUGGCAGCGUCACCUGCUGCUUAUCUCUCCCAAUUUAUAUUUUCCCUUCCUGAGUUUAAAGAAAUCCCAGGUGAAACAAACAAACGAAGAGCACGCUUUUCUAUUGAAUCAAUUAAAUUUAUUUUCCCAUCUGCAUAAUUAUGCAACCAAUUUGCUUAUAUAACCAAUGGCUUCAAUUGGGAGGCAAAAACAUGCUUUACAUUAUGAAAAUUAUGCAAAUCCCCCAAGGGUUGUGAGACUGCUAAGUUGAUUUAAAGCUUCACUGAGCUACAGAUUGUUCCCAAGCCUCAUCAGUCCUCUUUUUAGCCUUUUCUGCUUAGAAAUGCAAUGGGUUGUAUGCAGAUAGCUACACUCCCCAACAGUUAAUCUCUCUAUGUUCUUCUACUCUGCAGCAAUAGAUGUUUUUCCUCAUCUUUCCCCAACAGUAAGAUCCUGUUACAGUGUGCAGGUAGAGAAUUUGGAGGGUCAAAAGAAGUUUGUGUAACUGUGUGCUUUUUAAAGCUUACUAGUCUUUUAAUUUAUGAUCCACAU